AUGGCCCCAGUUCCUUACGAGACUCUUCUUGAGCAGACUCACAACCCCCCGCCUACAAUCGCCGAACAGGUGGCUCUCGGUCGCGUCUUCGAGACUACUCUCGUUAUUACUUGCGUCGAUUUCCGCCUCAACCCAGAUCAAUUCCUGCAGACUAAGCCCGAAGAUCAGAUUCUUAUAUCGCGCAAUCCUGCAGGCCGUGUUGCUCCUGCUUUGCAAGAAGUGAUGCUCUUUGAUGUUUUUCUUGGUCUCAAGAGUGUCAUAGUGAUUCAUCACACAGAUUGUGGUGGAAGUCAAUUUAAGGAUGCAGAUAUUCGUGAAGCCCAUAAAUGCCGCCUGCCAGAUCAUUCAGAGAUUGAUAAUAUGGUAUUUGGAGCAUUUGACAAUGUCGAGCAAAGCGUCCGAGAUGACCUUCAUAUACUGAAGACAUCUCCUUAUGUGCCUAAGAGGAUUGCUGAUCAGUGUUUUGGCUUUGUGUAUGACAUUAAGACUGGCCUGCUGACCCCUGUGGAUUACAAUAACCAUGCGUGA